AUGAGACCAAUUAUUUCUGCUCUUAAACAAAAAUAUAUCAGUAUUCCAAUGGAAGAGUGUAUUUCUCUAGAUGAACAGUUAUGCCCUACAAAAGCUAGAUCAUAUAUGAAACAAUAUUUACCUAUGAAGCCCCAUAAAUGGGGUUAUAAAUUAUUUGUUCUUUGUGGGUCAUCUGGGUAUGCAUAUGAUUUUGAGUUUUAUACUGGCAACAAAAAUAAUUCGUUUGAAAGAUUAUUUUAUUCUGAACCAGACUUUGGAGCCACGGGAAAUGUCAUUGUUCGGUUGACAAGAUCUAUUCCAAUAAAUAUGCAUCACAAACUAUACUUUGAUAACUAUUACACGUCUAUUCCAAUAAUGGCAUUUUUAGAAAACCGUAAAAUACACACAGUAGGAACUUUUCGUGCAAAUCGGUUUUUUGGAGUUCCAAUAGAUGAUAAAUCUAUGCUAAAAAAAAAUUGUGAUACACAUGAAAUACAAUGA